AUUAAAAAUGGAUAUAGAAACAAUUUCGUUUGGUGAUUAUAUCGUUUUGACCUGCACAGUCCAUGGAAUACAAACAAUCAACAACACAACAACGAGACAGUGGUCCAUGGGGGAUGAUGACAAACUGUUAUGCUACAAUGGUCGAAUAAAUAAUCUCAGGAAGUAUAAAGAAAAGGUACUUCCAGGAAAUGAGUUUAGUCUUACAGUAUUCAAUAUAACGAAAUCAGAUCUCAACGUAGUUUAUCAAUGUCGCUAUGGAUUUGAUGCAGCAAGUAAAUUGAUUGAAGCAGAUAAACCCAAAUUGUUUUUGUCAUUGAGAUUGGUAGCCGAUUUCAUUAUAUUCGGUGGAGAUAUCAUACUGACAUGCAUGGUAAAUGGGAUAAGCACAGUUGAUAGAGACGUAACAAGACAAUGGUCAAUGGGAAAUGAUGACCAACUAUUAAGCUACAACGGCCGAAUUAAUAAUCGUAGAAAGUAUGAAGAAACAUUUCUUCCCGGAAAUGAGUUCAGUCUUAAAGUAUUCAAUAUAACAGAGAAAGAUAUUAAUAUAACUUACCGAUGUCGAUAUGGUUUCGAUACAGCAACAUACUUUAUCAACAUAAACGAGAGUGUAAGUCUACAGAAAAGUGUCAAAAGUUAUCAUUCAUUCAAUUUAUCAUCUCAUAGUAUAGCAGAUCAAAAAGAAGUUAAUCAUGUUAAUGAUAAAGAAAACCUAAGAUUAAUCUUGUUGGCUACGCUGAUUCCAAUAGCGACAUGUGUUUUGAUAGCAGUUUUUGUAAGAUUUAUUGUCAAACGAAAACACACAGGAAAAGAAACAAAGGACAAGAACAACAUACAUGACAUAAACAAGGUGGAACGUGAAAAUCUUUUUCCAUCGUCUCAAGGAGAAUGCAUUUCAAAGAAAGAAAUUUCUACAACUGAAGCUACAGUCUAGUCUAUACUCCUGACUUUAAACAGGCACAUGAACAUGUUAAAGAGAGGGUCGAAAGAUACCAGAGCGACAGUCAAACAUCGAAAAUAAACUGACAACGCUAUGGCUAAAAAAGAAAGAGACAAUAACAAUUAAACAUUCUCAAAUUGCUCACAAAUGAAUUGUUACAAUUGAAUUUGGACACACAUUUGAAGAUCGUGUCCGACUAUGGUGGGAGAACUGGUUGCGGUUUAUUGGAAUAAGAACUCACUUUCUCGAUAUAGAGACGUAGCAGGAGGUGUUUAUAACAAUGUGUGUAAAAGUUGUCUGUUAUCAAAUUAAA